AUGUCAUCCCGCGGCCUCCCCGAAGCCCUGAUGCAAAAGGUCGACGAAUACGUUGACUCGCUGGCACCCCAGAUCCAACCCCGCAUUGCGUCUGAACUGGAAGAUUUCCAACAAAAAACAAUCGAUAGCCUCGAAACACAAGUUGUGGAUGCCUUUCGCUCCCUUUUCAAUCAAGACUCAUCUUCUGGACAUGGCAAUCGUGGCUCAUCGUCGGGCGGCCCGUGGAAUCUCAGUGAUGCAGCACCCGACGCGUACGGCGGACAGUCGCUGCCGUUCGCAGACGAAAUAGCAAAGUUGACCCGCAGCUUUGGACAGAUUUCUGAUGAGGCAGGUGGGGAUUUGCGUGAAAUAUUUGCACUCACACAAGGGAAUGACAAUCGAGGGGCGCCGGAUCAAGCCCGAUCUCAAGAUGUGGAUUUUUCAUCUGGAGCAAGGGGGUUCUUGUCCUCGGCCCUGAACGUAGUGCAGGAUAGUCUCGAAAACCGGAAUGGGUCUGAUGGUGGGGGAGGUAGUGGCCAAGGAUUCGAAAUUGGAGGUCUCCUCGGCAUGCUGUCCAACACUAUCAAAGAUGCGUCGCGAAACCCAGAAGAAAAAGCUAGGCUUAUCAGCCCUGAGAUCAAGCAGGUGGUAGGUGAGAAGUUGCGAUCGCAGCAUGCGCCUAUUGCUGAGCAGUUCACCCGCAUUGCGCUGGACCAUAUCAAGCGCUGGCUGCGUGGGAACACCAGCUCGAGGGACCUGGGCGAAGGUGCAAAAGCCGAGAUCGCAGAGCAAGUAGGCGACUUGGUCAAGGGUCUCGGGAACCUUUUCGGCAAGAAGAGGAGCGGAAACGAAGGAUCCGCUAGAGGCUUCGACGAGUCGAGUCGCGAUGGCGACAACGGCAGCAGUGGAGGCGGCUUCUCACGCGUCAUCAGCGACAAACUAAGCACAGGACUAGCAAAAGUGCAUCGAGAAGUACGCCUCGAGUUCCGCAAGGUACUUGGACAAAUCGAAAAACAGCUUUUCGAGCUCUUGCCCGACCAGUUCCAGCGGCCACUGGAGAAAAUCCUCGGUGGUAACCCCUUCGACUCACAGCUGGACCGUGACGCAGAACCCAAUGCAGACCGCGGCUUUGGCGACGACAUCAAAGCCAAGCUCCUCGGCAAGAUUCGCGAUCUUAUCCGCAAAGUGCAAGAGACACUCCGCGAGAGCAUUCUCGGCGUCGUCAACGGUGGUCACCGUCGCUUCGAGCGCGAAAGCUGGGUCUUUGUGCAAUCCAUGGUAGAGCAAAAAGUCCAGCGGUACCUCCCCGACGUCAAAAUCAACGUGCCAGAUGACAUUGGUAACGAAAAUGUCAGCGUGGGAAGUCCUGUGCAGCAGAAUAUAGGUGGGGGGGCUGCGGCAUACGAACAAAGACCCCCUCAUCCUCCUGUUUCACAGCAUCAAGAGUACAGACCAGACCAGCAGUACGCUCCUCCACCCCAGUCGUAUCAGCAGCAAUCGCCGCCUCCACCGCAGUACCAGACUGGAAAUUAUCCUCCACCACAACAGCAACAUCAACAAUAUCAAGGUUAUCAGCAGGGAUAUCUGCAGCAAGGAUAUCAACAGCAGGGACAUCAGCAACAGGGCUAUGGUGAGAAUGAGUACAGGAGGAAUGAGUACUAG